UCUUUAUUUAUAGUUUUAUUAACACACACAAAGAAAUCUAACUUUUAUUUUGAAAACUAAAGCCGGAAGUUAAAACCGGCUGUCCGUGAGCUUGACAGGAACAGCGGUUUAAGCUUGUUGCAUCUGCCUGCUCUCCUUCCCCUGCUCCUCUGGAACCACAUCGCCGCGCUGGCAGCGGUUCUGCUGUUCUUUGCUUCUCGAAUGGAUCCGACCAAACCUCUGGAGCUUCUCAUCUUCGUCUGCGCGGUGACCCGCAUCAGCUCCAACCCGCUGGUGGACAUCGUUGUGGAUCGGUACCACAUUCCCAGAGUUUGUCCUCGAGAGGUGCAAACAGAAGACUUCGUCCGGUAUCACUUCAACGGGACCUUUUAUGAGAACGGGAAGCAGUUUGACUCCAGUCAUGACCGAGGCAAAGCCUUCAUCAGCCAGGUGGGCCUGGGCCGACUCAUCACUGGGAUGGACCGGGGUCUUCUGGGCAUGUGUGUGAGCGAGCGCAGGAGGAUCACUGUCCCGCCUCACUUGGCCUAUGGCAGCAUUGGAGCAGGUGGCGUCAUCCCUCCUGACAGCGUGCUGGUGUACGACGUCCACCUGCUGGACAUAUGGAAUCCAGAAGACAAAGUGCAGAUCCGCACGCUCAGCAAGCCAGCAGGAUGCAGCCGUGGCGCCUCAGCAUCCGAUUUCGUCCGUUACCACUAUAACGGCUCCCUGCUGACGGAUGAGGCUUUUGACUCCAGAUACUCGAGUAACGAAACCUACGACACAUACCUAGGACAGGGCGAUCUCAUUAAAGGCCUUGAGGAGGGGCUUCUGGGAACAUGCGUGGGAGAAAGGCGGGUCAUUAUUGUGCCACCCUUCCUGGCUUAUGGAGAACAAGGCUACGGAGCAGAGAUCCCCCCUCAAGCCACACUGGUGUUUGAGGUCCUGAUGGUGGACCUGUUCAACCCCAAAGAUGACCUGACUGUGGAGGUGAUGGAGGUUCCUCAAGGCUGCACUCGCAGAACGGUGGUUGGAGAUUACGUGCGUUACCACUACAACGGCACCUUCCAGGAUGGGACCCUGUUCGAUUCCAGCUACCAGAGAAACGGCACCUACAACACCUACAUCGGGAUGGGUCACGUGAUCCAAGGCAUGGACAAAGCUCUGCAGGGUCUGUGCAUGGGAGAAAAAAGGCGCAUUGGAAUUCCUCCUCAUCUGGCCUACGGAGAGAAGGGAGUCGGCCUCAUUCCCGGCUCGGCUGUGCUCAUCUUCCACAUCCACGUCAUCGAUUUUCACAACCCCAAAGAUUCAGUCCAGAUCAGAAUUACCCACAAGCCUCGGGAUUGCAACGCCACCAGUGAGGCUGACGACUUGAUAAAGUAUCGCUACAACUGCUCCCUGAUGGACGGCACUCUUCUCUACUCCUCGGACCACUAUGACUCGCCUUCAGUCACAACUUUAGGAGCCAAUAAGGUCAUCGUCGGUCUGGAGGACGGUCUGAGGGGGAUGUGUGUGGGCGAGAGGAGGGAGGUGGUCGUUCCUCCCCACUGGGCACACGGGGAAAAUGGAGCUGGAGAUGUCCCCAGAAGUGCUGUGCUGCUGUUUGAACUGGAGCUGGUGGAGCUGCAGAAGGGGGUCCCUGAAGGAUACAUGUUUGUGUGGCUCGGAGACGGACCCGACCCCCUCUUUGAUGCCAUGGAUGUGAACGGGGACAAGGAGGUCCCUCUGGAAGAGUUCUCCGAAUUCAUCCAUCGUCAAGUCCAGGAGGAUAAAGGACGCCUGCGGCCGGGCAUGGAGGCCAGCAGCAUCAUAAAGGACAUGUUUGACAACCAGGAUCGGAAUAAAGAUGGAAAGAUUGUGGAAGAAGAGCUGAUGGUCAAAGAGGUGGAGGACCAGGUGGCACGAGACGAGUUGUGAAGGACUGCACUAUGUGAAGAUGCUGUUGCCCCGGCAACAACGGAGAAAGGUUUUCUGAAGUUAUUUAAGCGAUUCAGACGAAUCUAGAGGCAGAUACCAUUUGGACGUUGGAAGUCAGUGAUUAAAUUCUCACGGACCUAAAAAUCACCGAAAAUUAUUCAGAUUUAACUGAUGAUUUGAAUCAGUGCCUUUUUUUUUUAACAAUUAUCAAACGAAUAAAACAUUGAAGAUGGUAAAGAAAUAAUUAAAGAAAGUGUUUUAAAAUUUUUUUUAAUUUUCUAAAAGUUGGGUUUAUGUAACCCAAGUUGUAUAUCUUUGAUAUAAAAUAAACUUUUAUACUUUAA